CCAACGAUGCUGAAAGGGGAAAAUGAAGAUACUAGAAUGCUAAGAGAGAGAGAGAGAGAGCGAGAGAGAGAGAGAGAGAGAGAGAGAGAGAGAGAGAGAGAGAGAGAGAGAGAGAGAGGGAAAGAGAGAGAGAGAGAGAGAGAGAGAGAGAGGGAGAGAGAAGAGAGAGAGAGAGAGAGAGAGAGAGAGAGAGAGAGAGAGAGAGAGAGAGAGAGAGAGAGAGAGAGAGAGAGAGAGAGAGAGAGAGAGAGAGAGAGAGGAGAGAGAGAGAGAGAGAGGAGAGAGAGAGAGAGAGAGAGAGAGAGGAGAGAGAGAGAGAGAGAGAGAGAGAGAGAGAGAGGCUAAAGUGGGGGGGUGGGGCUAGAGAGGGUUUG